GAAGACUUUCUUCUGUACUGCUAGCAGGGAUACAUGGCUUCUCAGGCUAAGCGGCGAGCCCUGGAACCAAGAAAAGUUCCUGAAGAUGAUGAUGAUAGUGGAGAAGAGGAUAUGGGAUCAGAGGAAAAUUCUGAAGAAGACAGUGAAGAUGAUGAGGAAGAUAUCAACGAGGAAGUGAAUGUGGAAUUUGAAGCACAUAGCAUCUCGGACAUGCAUCAUGAUGGGAUAAAGAAAUUACUGCAGCAGUUAUUCUUGAAGGCAAAGGUAGACACAGGAGAGUUAACCGAUAUCAUUAUACAGCAGAAUCAUAUUGGGAGUGUUAUCAUGCAAGCUUUAGUUCCUGAAGACAGUGAUGAUGAAGAUGAUGAUGAAGUGUUUGGUUUCAUUAGCCUUUUUAAUUUGACUGAAAGACAGGACACUGAAAUUGCUGAACAAAUAAAGGAGCUGAUUCUAAAUCGAUGUCAGCAGAGCAGUCCACAGUUAGCCAAACCAUUGGAAAUGAUGUUAAAUGACAGCAGCAAACCUGUAGGACUCCUCCUCAGUGAACGAUUUAUUAAUGUGCCGCCUCAGAUUGCCCUUCCAAUGCACAAACAGCUUCAGAAAGAAUUAGCUGAUGCCCAGAAGACAAAUAAGCCAUGUGGGAAAUGCCACUAUUAUCUUUUAAUCAGCAAGACAUUAGUAGAGGCAUCAAAGAGCAUUUUGCAUGACAGCCAACAGCAGAAAGAAUUAAUGUUUGUUAAUGCUGAAGAGGAGUUUUUCUAUGAGCAUGCUGCUCUGAAGUUUAAUUACUCUGUGCAAGAUGAGUGUGACACUGGCUUAGGUGGACGUUGGACAUUUCAAGAUGCGCCUAUGAAGCCUUUUCGUACUGUUAUGAUAGUUCCAGUUGAUAAACUUGGUGAAAUUAUGGAAAAGCUAACUCAGUAUCUUUCUCUGUAAGCAUUAUUUAAAUGCUGUUUUCUAUUUACAACAGAUGGGAUUCAUGGAAACAAUUCCUGCAACAUGUUUAUAUUUUAGGUACAUGUAUAAAUGCUCAAAAUGCCCUUCAUAAUGUGUUAACAAUAAAAUGCAUUAACUAUUUUUCCAAACUUUAUAAAAUUGUAUCCAGUGUGUUUACUGUGUAUAAAUGCUCAAAAUGCCCUUCAAAAAGUGCUAAGAAUAAAGAAAUGCUUGCUUUAA